CUUGUUUUUUUUUUUUUCCUGCCUCUCACCGGCAUAGGUGGCUUCAACCCAUCCCUGCGCCUGGCUAUGGCCGAUCCCAAGUAUGCGGACCUGCCCGGCAUUGCCAGGAAUGAGCCUGAUGUUUAUGAAACAUGUGACCUCCCUGAAGAUGAUCAAGCAGAAUUUGAUGCGUUUGCACAAGAGCUGGAGGAGCUAACUAGCACCAGUGUGGAGCACAUCAUAGUCAACCCCAAUGCAGCUUAUGACAAAUUUAAGGAUAAGAGAGUGGGUACAAAAGGGCUAGAUUUCUCUGAUCGUAUUGGCAAAUCCAAAAGAACAGGCUAUGAGUCUGGAGAUUAUGAAAUUUUAGGAGAAGGACUCCAUGUGAAAGAGACCCCACAGCAGAAAUAUCAGCGACUACUGCAUGAAGUUCAAGAGUUGACUACUGAAGUGGAGAAGAUCAAGAACAGCGUAAAAGAGUCCUCAGCGGAGGAGAAACUGACACCAGUCACUCUUGCAAAACAAGUGGCUGGCCUGAAACAGCAACUGGUUUCCACCCAUCUGGAGAAACUCUUGGGACCUGAGGCGGCCAUCAACUUGACGGACCCUGAUGGUGCUCUGGCCAAGCGUUUACUUCUUCAACUGGAAGCGACCAAAACUGCUAAAAGUGUUUCUGCUGGUGGGAAAGGUGCUGCCAAAGUCACAGCGGGCUCAGAAAACACCGUGACGUACGAACUGCAUUCUCGACCUGAGCAAGACAAGUUCUCUCAAGCGGCAAAAAUAGCAGAAUUGGAGAAGCGUCUGGCUGAGUUGGAGGCGUCAGUUCGUUGUGAACAGGAUGUGCAGAAUCCUCUGUCUGUUGGACUGCAGGGCGCUAGUUUAAUGGAAACUGUGGAGCUCUUGCAGGCCAAAGUCAACUCCUUAGAUGUGGCAACUCUGGACCAGGUGGAGGCAAGGCUACAGAGUGUUUUGGGAAAGGUGAACGAGAUUGCCAAGCACAAAGCCACAGUAGAGGAUGCAGACACCCAAAGCAAGGUUCAUCAGCUGUAUGCACUUGUGCAGGAGUGGAGCCCACUGGCCAGCACCCUCCCUGAGGUGGUGCAACGUCUGGUUGCUGUGCGGCAAUUGCAUGAACAAGCCAUGCAAUUUGGGCAGCUCCUGACUCAUUUGGACACUACCCAGCAAAUGAUUGCUAAUUCCCUGAAGGAUAACGUCACCCUGCUGACACAGGUUCAGAAAGCCAUGAAAGAGAAUCUAGCUGCUGUUGAAGACAAUUUUGCCAGCAUCAACUCACGGGUACAGAAGCUGGCCAAAUAAAUGUCCUCUAACAGAAAGGCAGGGUGGGAAGAUUUUCCCCCACACUAAUUGCUCUGUCCUUUCCUUACCUUCCUCCCUUUGUCUUGCACAUUCAAAGCAGUUGAACCUUCCUACAGGCCAGAGGACUGUGCGCUUCUAUGUUAAAAGGCAGCCGUGCCCCUCCCUCCCUCCUCCCAAUGUUUCCGUGUCCCCCAAGGUUGCUGAUUGCAGAGGGGAAAGCUACACUCCCCUACUGGGUGAGGAAGCUCUGUCCCAAGGGAGGGAAAGUCACCCUUUGCCCAUUUCUCGAGGAAGGCGCGGUGCCUCUUUGGCCCGGAAGGUAGGGCCUUUUAAAAGGUGUCUUACGCUCUCAGCAUGGAGUUGAAUUGUGUUGUAUAAUUAUUUUCUGUCAUUAAACUCUGAUGCUUACC